AUGGCUUCCCCGAAACUUUCCAAGUCGUCCGAUGUCAGCUUGAGUGCGUCUGAUCAAGACCAGGCGAUCACGUACCUGGUGGAACAUUCAAUCGAAACCAUCGUUCAUGAUGUCCUUCUCGACAUACACCAAGAUGAAAAGAUCGCUCGGAUGCAGACUGCUGUCCCUGAAGUCGAACAGAAAGCCGAGAAACCGAAGAUCGCUCAAGACGGCGAAGCCACUGUCAAGACCGAAAAUGAAGCUGCCCAAACUGACGCUGCAAUGCUCAAGACCGGCGAGGUUCAGCUCAAAUGA